AUCUGGUUUCUGAGUCUCGGAUCAUCGAAACCCAAAUCCAAGUGUUUGUGCCUCAACAGGACCCAUGGCCAUGGGCAUCAGGGCAUGAACUAGGGACAAGUCAAAAGACGCGGCGAUCGAAACUUCGAAAGGAAAUAUUAAGAGAGAUUUUCACGAGCCCGCUUUUAUCUCUUUCGUCUCUACAAAAAUUCGCGUCGUUUUCAAGUCCCAGCAAUAUCAUUAUAUUUUUCCGGAAUUAGAGCGGAACAGAGAGAUUUUCUCUCAUCCCCUCCUGCCUGAAAUUAGAAAAUUUUCUCCUUCCGAAGAAGCCUAAAUUCUCAGUGGGUCUCUUUCUCUGUUUUGGUUUCUCCGAUCGAAAUCCGGAAUCAAGUUUUGAUGCGAGCGGUAACAAGUGAUACCUAUUUGGAAUUUUCUGGAUUGGAAUCGUGAGGAACUCGGCCUUCCGUUUCUGGGUCGGAUUACGAGAGCUUUUUACGCUGUAAUCUGAUCCGGGAGCGGUUUGGGAGGCGGUUUCUUGAUUUGGUGAUUGCUAUAGAGAUCGGUUUGGUUGGAAGUCGGAGUACCCAUUUGCGUUUUCUGAUCAUUACCGUUCAAAUUUCGAUUGAAACCGCAAUAGCUUUUGCUUUUUGGUUCUGGGUCGUUUUGUUGAGUGGUUUUUAUUCUUUUUUUUUUUUUUCUGACAAAAGUGCGUUCGAUUACGGCUGACAAACGUAACUGAUAUCUAGUUAUUUUGAUCAAAACAUGCGAAGAUCGGUCAUCUGUUUCUGGGCAUUUUCCUCUCGGUCGUAAGAAGAUAAAGACCGCUUACUGGUUAGUCUGUAUUGUUGGAAUCUGACUCCCGGCGCCGAUUUUCAUCAUGGAUGCGAAAUCCGGCGGCCUUGAUUACUGGAGGAAGUAUUUCCGGGGUGCUACUUCGGAUAUCUUUGAGGUUAUUGAGCAUGCGAUCACGGUCGCUUCUUCAGAUUGUCCAGAAGAGUUCAAAAUGAGAAGGGAUCGAAUUGCAGAGAUGCUCUUCUGCUGUCGAAUGGCCAGGUGUUUUGGAUGUAAUCGUGUGGAGUUGCAAGUACCAGCCGAGGAGGAAGGGGAUGGAGAUUGUAAGAAUGGUGGUGAUUUUGUGGGUCGUAGCGGUAAAGAAAGCAAGGUUAAUAGCAGCUCCAAUGGUAACAAUCAAAUGAACACUAUCCGAGUUAGCAAUUACAGCUAUGAUGAAACGGAGGCACUGACGGAGGAGAUUGAAGAGGAGAGUCAGAUUGUUAAGGAGGUUCUAAGGAUCAAAGAUGUUCUUUCAAAUAGUCAAGAUGAGUCUGAAGGGGUAAUUUUUGAGUCAUUAAGGAGGCUUCAACUGAUGGCACUCUCUGUGGAGACUCUGAAGGCAACAGAGAUUGGAAGGGCUGUAAACAAUGUCCGUAAACAUGGAUCAAAGAAGAUUCGCCAUCUUGCACGGACUCUAAUUGAUGGGUGGAAGGUUAUGGUAGAUGAGUGGGUAAGGUACGCUAAUGCUAUUGCAGAAGGUUCCCCUGACUCUGUGAAGCCUUCUAUUGAUGAGGAAGGUCUCCCAUCCCCUCCAUUGGAUGAGGGGGCUUUUUUCGCUACACAGACAACUGGGAUAGAGCUUUCUCAGUUUUUUGAUGGCAUGGAUGAUGAUGGAAAUCCUCGAAACAGUGAGGAACUUGACAAGAAUUGUGAGAAUGGAAGAAAGACAUCACUGGAUCACAAUAUCAUCCCUAAGAGGAAGCAGCAGCCUCUCCAUGAGGCAAACAUGUUAGCUAGGGAGAAUAAAGACCAACAGGUCUGCAAACCAGAACCAGUAAUCAAACAAACAAAGCCCUUGCCCCCCAACUCUGGGCCAGGGAGACAUCCAAAACUUGGAUCAGAGCACAAAGCCAAUAAUGUAACAAAGUCUCAGCAAAAACCAGAUCUGGUUGGAAUUCAAAGGAGGUUGCCAGCUGGUCAACAAGAUAAGCCAAAGUGCUCAGACGAACUUUCAGUCCGAGUAAAAUUGGAAGCUACUAAGAGGAAGCUUCAGGAAGGGUACCAACAAGCUGAGAAUGCAAAGAAGCAACGGACAAUACAGGUUAUGGAGUUACAUGAUCUCCCUAAGCAGGGAAUGGGUCAUAGGAAUCCCCAAGUGAGACCUGGUAACCAUAGCCGGCAUUGGGCAAAUGGACGGCGUUAAUGGCUCCAAUUUUUGUGAACCGGAUUUCAUUACAACGUUGUUUCUUUCCUUUUCAAAACCAGUAAUGGAAGAGCAGCAAAACCCCUCUGGCAUGCUGUGAGUUUUGACUCGGCUCAUUUUAUACAUUGAAAUACCAAACAUACCCAACAAUUUGCUGGAGUGCGGAAAAGAUGAUUGGAGAACUUGUCCAAGGGACCAGGCCUUUGAGAUCUUAUUUGAACUUCAAGAUACAAUGUGGCCAGGCACAUUGAGGUAUAGCCAUGGUUUCGGUUCUUUCAAAUUGCAAUCGACAUGGAACCUUAAUGUGAAUCUGUCCAUGUGACAGUUACCUCUGAAAAACCUUUUUCUCUUCCCUUCAUUUGCAACUCUUUCAAUAAAUUACUGGAUGAUAUAAAUACCAUUACACUGAUCAACUCCGGAGUUAUCCAUAUAUGUAUAGUCUUUUUGCUUCUAGCUUAGGCAAUCAAUGAAUCCAAAAGCUCUGUAUCUAAUACUUAACCCAAAUUCAAGGAAGAAAUUCUGUAAAUUCGGUGUUGGGAUCUCCUUAUGUUUGAGAUGAGGUGAUUUGUAGUAGUUCUUCGAAAUAACCUUUGUAAGCAUUAUAUUUGAGAUGAGGUGAUUUGUAGUAGUUCUUCGGAAUAACCUUUGUAAGCAAUACUGUUUUGAAGAGAAUGAAGUAGUUGAAGAUAGUUUGGUCGUCGCA